CGUCACAGAUCACGUUCACUGCCUAUUUGGCUGACGAUAACACACAGCUGACUUCAUAAAUGAAAAUAUCGUUUACAUCUACCUUUUCUUCAUGUUUCUAUGGUAACCAACCCUCUUUACUAUGAAGCGGGAGUAGAGACGCGUUGCACAGGAUGCAGCCUCUCAAGGAUGCCCAGCUGGGCGCUUUCACCUUCUUCGCGUCAGCGCUCCCCCAUGACGUGUGCGGCAGCAACGGCCUCCCCCUCACCCCCAACUCCAUCAAAAUCCUGGGACGUUUUCAGAUCCUGAAGACUCUCACCCAUCCCAGACUCUGCCAGUAUGUGGACAUUUCCAGAGGAAAACAUGAACGUCUCAUCGUUGUUGCUGAACACUAUGAGAGAAGUCUCAGUGAUUUCCAAAGACAGGGAAACAACGUCAGCCCAGAGAGAGUUCUACAAAUCGCCUACGAGGUCCUGGAGGGCCUGGCCUUCAUGAAUAAACAUGGUAUGGUGCACAGGGCCCUUAAUCUGAACAAUGUGCUUCUGGAUUGCAAGGGCAACGUCAAGCUGGCUAAGUUUGGCCUCUAUCACAUGACUGAUCAUGGUGCCGACGUGGACUUUCCAAUUGGGUACCCAUCAUACCUUGCUCCAGAAGUGAUCGCACAGGGCUCCUUUCACCCCAGCGACCCCUGUCACGAUGAAGCUCCACGGCCCUCCGGACCCAAAACUGACGUGUGGUCCCUUGGCGUCCUGCUUUUUGAACUGUGUGCUGGUCGAAGCUUGCUGCACAACAUUGAAAUCAGUGAGAGGCUGAAGUUUAUUCUAACUCUGGGGUGCAUGGACGACAUUGUGACGGUCCUCGCUGAAGAACACGGCUGCCUGGAAGUUAUUAAGAAGCUGCCCGAGACUGUUUUAGAGCUGCUGCGGAAAUGCUUGACCUUCCUUCCUUCCAAACGCCCGAGCCCUGCCGAGCUGUUGCAGGACGCCGUGUUCGAUGGCGUGUCGUGCCUCUACACGCCCUACCGGAAGCCUGUGAGUCUCUUCUCGUCUUCCCUACGCUGUGCACAUCUGGAGCUCCCCGAGGACAUCGGCGACCUUUGCAAAGAUGACGACGGCGACUACCUCUCCGAGCGGGCCAUCAAUGAGGUGUACCACUUGUGGUGCAUUGCAGGGGGCGACCUUGAGAAAGAGCUGACUAACAAGGAGAUCAUCCAGUCCAAACCUCCCAUCUGCACACUGCCCAAUUUUAUCCUGGAAGAUGGAGAGUCAUUCGGACAGGGCAGGGAUCGCAGUUUCCUGCUGGACAACACCACGGUGACGCUUUCUCUGUGCCAGCUCAGAAAUAGACUGAAGGACGUCGCAGGCGAAGCCUAUUUCCCUCUGCUAGAGGACGGACGUUCAAGUCUGACCCAGUCCAACAGCGCCAACGAGCUGUCGGCCACUGUCAAGCUGCCGCUCAUCAUCCGCGAGAGAGACACGGAAUACCAACUCAUGCGCGUCAUCCUGUUUGACAGGCUGCUCAAGGCCUAUCCUUACAAGAAGAACUUGGUGUACAAGGAGGCCAGGGUUGACAUUCCACCACUUGUACGUGGAUUAGCCUGGGCUGCACUGCUUGGUAUUCAGGGGGACAUUCAGGCCAAGUACGAAAGCAUUGACAAGGACACGCCCAUUCCAACGGACAGACAGAUCGAGGUGGACAUCCCACGCUGCCACCAGUACGACGAGCUGCUGUCCUCACCGCAGGGUCACGCCAAGUUCAGGAGGGUCUUGAAAGCCUGGGUGGUCUCCCAUCCUGAUCUGGUCUACUGGCAGGGUUUGGAUUCACUUUGCGCCCCAUUUCUUUACUUAAAUUUUAACAACGAGGCAUUGGCAUACGCUUGCAUGUCCGCCUUCAUUCCAAAAUACCUCUACAACUUUUUCCUGAAAGACAACUCACACGUCAUCCAAGAGUACCUGACUGUUUUCUCGCAAAUGAUUGCCUUCCACGACCCCGAGCUUAGCAACCACCUCAACGACAUCGGCUUCAUCCCUGACCUUUAUGCAAUUCCUUGGUUCCUGACCAUGUUCACACAUGUGUUCCCACUGCAUAAGAUCUUCCACCUGUGGGACACUUUGCUGCUGGGGAACUCGUCGUUCCCACUAUGUAUCGGCAUUGCCAUAUUGCAGCAGCUCAGGGACCGCCUUCUUGCCAACGGCUUCAACGAGUGCAUCCUGCUCUUCUCUGACCUGCCAGAAAUUGACAUCGAACGCUGUGUCCGUGAAUCCGUCCACCUCUUCUUCUGGACACCUAAAAGUGCCACUUUCAGACAGCAUGCGCAGCCACCGAAGGUCUCUGCUGAUAACGGCUUUGGAAAAAACGCAACGUACUACUCGUCCGACCACCAAGAUUUCCACAAGACGGACCUAUCUCGGGAGCCGCUUGUGCUUUUGGACCUGAAAGCCGAGGUGGCCCCUCGCAUCUCGGCAGAGGACUUCAUCAGCCUUUGCGAGAUGUCAUACGCUGCAAAUAACCACGCCAAAGCCAGCAGGCCGACAGUUAUUGCUGUUGACAUUCGCAGUGCAGAGGACUUCAACAGAGGCCACAUGUCCGGCAGCAUCAACAUUCCAUUCAGCACAACGUUCGGCGCCGAUGACGAAGUGCUGCAGUGCCCAGCAUCGGGAACCCUGCAGACCUACAGAGGACGGAUUGUCGUCAUCAUUGGCCAUGCUGUGAAAAUCGCUUCUGUUUUUGCUGCACACCUUGUGAAGGUGAAAUUCCCACGGGUUUGCAUACUGGAUGGAGGCAUCAACAAGCUGAAACCCACAGGACUCCUGACCGUCCCUUCCCCUCAAAUAUGACCCAAGUGGUUAAGUCAAUUGGACAAAACUAUGUGCAUAUUCUGCUUUUUCUCAAGAAUACAAUAAUAAACAAUAAACAUUACAGUUGAGUUGGCUUAAUCUGGUUUUGGAUGAAACAAUGCUUCUGCUUCUCAUUCUUAAAUCAGUGUUGUUUUUGGCAGCCCUUUUAAUUUUUGUCUUAGUCAUAUUUUAGUUAUUUCAAAAUGUGUUUGUUUUCGACUAGUUUUGUCAACGAAAUGUCAUAUAAAGUUGGUCUAGUUUUAGUUGACAGUUACUCAAAGUGUUUUUGUCUGUAAAAUUUAAAUGUUUUAGUCCAAAAAGAAAUAAAGGUUUCCAAUCAUUUUGAAUGAACAUAGACAGAAGAGCACAUAUUGUAGCGUCUACAAGGACAAUGCCAACUUUGUUGGGAUGAUACACACUCAGCAGGAAAAGCAGUGCAUUAUUUUCAAGUAAGCCUAGCUAGAAACCACAAAGUUUUCCGAGCGUUUAAGAGAAUGCUCGCCACGCUAAAGUUGAUGCUUAUGCGAAUUCUAUGCUUGCGUGACGAGUUACAUUUAGUGUGUAAUGAUUAAUCAGCACAGGCCUUUAAAGGCUUUGCAUUGCACAUUCUCUCUUGCCAAGAUUCGAUAAAAGGACUCGGUGUAAUAAUCCUCAGGACUAUGCAUGGCAGGGGUGUCCUCGUCCCUGAGCCAAGCUUGCACCUGACCACAUACCUGGAUGGACUAGGAGCUGCUGCUUUAAGGCUCUGCUCAGCCACUGAGACACAUAAUCAGUUGUGUCCUCAGAUCACGGGGCGUUUCGGCCACUUAUCACAAGACGCCCUCAGCUGAGGCUGGCCCACCACAGGUUGAUCACUCCUGGGUGUGUGUCUCAGGGCUAAGCAUUUGCCCUAGCGGCCCAGAUAGUGUCGCUCCUAUUCAGCCGCAGCCAAUAGCUUUCCCUCUCGGUGGUGUUGGCCAACUCUUAAAUGGCCUGUCUGUGGGCCUGUUCCCUGACUCCAGUUUCCCUAAGGAGCUUUGCUGUUGAACUGGCCACAAAACCUCUACACCUCACCUCCAGCAGGCACACCCUCGCCUUCCAGCGUCUGUCCUCUGCUGCAGCCGCUAGGUCGGAGUACCGCAGCUUCUUGCGUUCAUAUGCUUCUUCGACGGCAUCCUCCCAAGGAACUGUUAGCUCAAUGAUGUAGGCGAGCUUGGAUGUAUUGGACCAUAGGACAAGGUCUGGACGUAGGGUGGUCGUUGCCAUCUCCGUUGGGAAGAUGAGCCUCCGAUCUAGGUCGACCUGCAUCUGCCAGUCCCUGGCUGCAUUCAGUGGGCCCAGGUCAGGGUUUGGGGGCCUUCACCUCUGCUUUUCCCCCUCCUGAACAAACGAUGGUGGUUUGUAGCCCUGGGGGAUGCUAAAUCCCGCCCUAACACUGUUAUCUGUGGAGUCCCCCAGGGCUCUGUGCUUGGUCCAACCCUCUUCACCAUUUACUUGCUGCCCUUCGGUCGUGUCGUCAGCAGGCAUGGAAUAGAUUGCCAUUGUUAUGCUGAUGGCACACAACUAUAUUUCAAGGUCACUCCGUCCUCCAACUCCUCCUCCUCUGUUUCUCAACUUGACUCCUGCCUGGAGGAAAUAAAGGCUUGGAUGAGUGAAAACGUCUUGCAGCUUAACAGCUCCAAAACAGAAGCUAUUCACAUUGGUGCUCUUCACCAGCUCCGAUCCGCCCCAUUUCCUCAGUCUCCCUUUUCGGCCACAAAUUUUCCCUCCCCCCUUCUGUGACUAAUUUGGGAGUCAGGUUUGACCCCCAUCUUAGCUUUAACAAUCAUAUCAAUUAUAUUUGCAAAACCUCCUUCUUUUACCUCCGCAAUAUUGCCAAACUCCGGCCAUCUCUCUCCCGUCCUGCUGCAGAGAGACUCGUCCAUGCCUUUAUCUCCUCCAGGUUGGACUAUUGUAACGCACUCCUCAUCGGGAUCCCUGGCAAGAGCCUACAAAGGCUCCAGUAUGUCCAAAACAGUGCUGCCAGGGUCCUGAUGAGGGUGCGUAAACACGAGCACAUCACCCCCAUCCUUCACACCCUACACUGGCUCCCUGUUCACCUCCGUAUUGAAUUCAAAAUCCUCCUUCACGCCCUUCACUGUCUACACGGUGGAGCCCCCACCUACCUUACCGAACUCCUCACAUCACAUACUUCAGCCAGAACCCGGUCAGACCAACAGCACCGUGUACUCCUGCCCAGGACUCGGCUCAAGACUAUGGGCAGCAGGGCCUUUGCAGCUGCUGCUCCUCGUCUGUGGAACGCCCUCCCAGACCACCUCAGAGCCCCGCAGACGGUGGAUGCAUUUAAAAAAGGACUAAAAACUCACCUUUUUAAAAAGCUUACUCUCGCUAAUUUUAUUUGACCAUCUUAUUUGUAUCUGAUUUGUAUCUGAUUUUUUAUCUGUGUUUGUUUUGCUUUUACUCUUUUAUUCUUGGUCU